CGUGAUCGUCACGUGCUUGACACAGCAGCUCCAGGAAGCUCGCGCGUUUCACUGUCACGCGCUGAAUCUGUCAGAAAUCGCUUGGAAUUCACCAACAGAUCAACGCUUCAAUCCGGUGUACACCACAUCACAACAAUGGGUUGAGAUAUGCUUGAACUCCAUGUUUUGGGCGGGUUUGCAGAGCGAAACAUGGAAGCUAACUAGCAUCGCUCCUAUGACAAGCGGAAAACAACAGAUUUGAGGGAUUUUUUCUUUCUCAUUAUUAGACGUUUAGAGCACAGAACGAUGUGACGGGGUGAUUCCGGGACAGUUUACCUCAGUCAGACCAAAAUGCUCUAUAAAAGCGGAACUGGAUAGAUAGGACUGCUCUUGACUGGAAUUGCUAACUUCUGACUGUUUAUUGUUUUCUCAGUGAUUUAAUGUUAAUGUCACUAUAGUUUGGGUGUGUUCUACACUAAAUAAAGUCUUCAGUAUGCAUGACGCCUAUGAGCCGGUUCCUAUUCUGGAGAAAUUACCUCUUCAGAUCGAAUGUCUGGCGGCCUGGGAUGAUUGGCUCCUUGUUGGGACCAAACCGGGUCACCUCCUGCUUUACAGGAUCACGAAAGAUGCAGGUACAAAUAGAUUUGAAGUUACCUUGGAGAAAUCCAAUAAGAACUUCUCAAAGAAGAUUCAGCAGCUGUUUGUGGUGUCCCAGUACAAGAUUUUGGUUAGUCUCUUGGAAAAUAACAUCCACGUUCACGACCUGCUCACGUUCCAGCAGAUCACAGUGGUGUCCAAAGCCAAAGGGGCCACACUUUUUGCCUGUGACUUGCAGCAGUCCAGCUCAGGUGAGGCCAAACUGAGAAUGUGUGUGGCAGUCAAGAGGAAAAUCCAGCUGUAUUACUGGAAGGACAGAGAUUUUCAUGAAUUACAGGGAGAUGUUGCCGCUCCAGAUAUUCCUAAAUCCAUGGCUUGGUGUGAAAACUCAAUAUGUGUGGGUUUCAAACGAGACUACUAUCUCAUUCGGAUGGAUGGCCGUGGCACUGUAAAGGAGCUCUUUCCCACAGGGAAACAGCUGGAACCAUUGGUCGCCCCACUGGCUGAUGGGAAGGUGGCAGUGGGUCAGGAUGACCUCACGGUGGUCCUGAAUGAAGAAGGGGUCUGCACUCAGAAAUGUGCCCUCAACUGGACAGACAUUCCUGUUGCAAUGGAGCACCAGCCACCGUACAUCAUCGCGGUCCUGCCGCGGUACGUGGAGAUCCGCACGCUGGAGCCCAGACUGCUGGUGCAGAGCGUGGAACUGCAGAGACCACGAUUCAUCACUUCAGCCGGGUCAAAUGUUGUGUAUGUGGCAAGCAAUCAUUUUGUUUGGCGUCUGGUGCCAGUGUCUAUAGCCAGCCAGAUCCGACAGCUGUUGCAGGACAAACAGUUUGAGCUGGCGCUUCAGCUGGCGAAAAUGAAGGACGACUCGGAUGCAGACAAGAGACAACAGAUCCAUCACAUUCAGAACCUGUUUGCCUUCAAUCUGUUCUGUCAGAAACGCUUUGAUGACUCAAUGCAGGUGUUUGCAAAGUUAGGCACAGAUCCUACUCAUGUUAUUGGACUGUAUCCAGACCUGCUUCCCACUGACUAUCGUAAACAGUUGCAUUACCCCAAUCCUCUGCCCACACUGUCUGGAGCUGAACUGGAGAAAGCUCAUUUGGCUCUCAUAGACUACCUGACACAGAAACGCAGUCAUCUGGUGAAGCAGCUGAACGACUCUGAUCCCUCCACCACAUCUCCUCUCAUGGAGGGAACACCGACCAUCAAGAGCCGCAAGAAACUCCUUCAGAUCAUCGACACCACACUGCUCAAGUGUUACCUCCAUACCAACGUGGCCUUAGUGUCGCCUCUCCUGCGACUGGAGAACAAUCACUGUCACAUAGAGGAGAGCGAGUAUGUGCUGAAGAAAGCCCACAAAUACAGCGAGCUCAUCAUCCUCUAUGAGAAGAAAGGCCUUCAUCAGAAAGCUCUGCAGGUUCUGCUGGAUCAGUCCACUAAAGCCAACUCGCCUCUGAAGGGUCAUGAGAGGACAGUCCAGUAUCUUCAGAGACUCGGUGUUGAGAACCUGGGCAUCAUUUUCGAGUUUUCUCCAUGGGUUUUGAAGAUAUGUCCAGAGGACGGCCUGAAGAUCUUCACGGAGGACCUGACGGAGGUGGAGACUUUACCCAGAGAUAAGGUGCUGAACUUUCUGAAGGAGGGUUUUAAGGAACUGGCCAUCCCGUACCUGGAGCACAUCAUAUACGUAUGGGAGGAGAAACGGGCAGAGUUUCACAACGUUCUGAUUCAGCUCUAUCUGGAGAAGGUGCAGGGUCUCAUGAAAGAGUAUCUGAACUCACUGCCUGAAGGAGUUCCAGCCGUGUCUGCAGGUAAGGAGGACGGGGAGCUCGGGGAGUUUCGCAACAAGCUUCUGUCGUUUCUGGAAAUUUCCAGCAGCUACGAGCCAGAGAGACUCGUCAGCGAUUUCCCGUUUGACGGUCUGCUGGAGGAGAGAGCUCUGCUCUUGGGUCGGAUGGGCAAACACGAGCAGGCUCUCUUCAUCUACGUUCACGUUCUGAAAGACACACACAUGGCUGAAGAGUACUGCCACAGUCAUUAUGACCCUGACACUAUCAGCCAUAAAGAUGUGUAUCUGUCUCUGCUGCGCAUGUAUCUGUCUCCUCCAGACGUGCACUUCUUGGGUCCCAUCAAGAUGGAGCUGUGUGAGCCACAAGCCAAUCUCCAGGCGGCCCUGACAGUUCUUCAGCUUCACCACGGCAAACUCAACACCACCAAAGCCAUAAACCUCCUGCCAGCCAACACACAGAUCAGAGAGAUCCAGGUGUUUCUGGAGAACGUGUUAGAGGAGAAAGCUCGACGGAAGCGCUUUGAUCAGAUCCUGAAGAGUCUCCUGCAGGCCGAGUUUCUGCGAGUUCAGGAGGAGCGAAUCUUUCACCAGCAGGUGAAGUGUGUCAUCACAGAUGAGAAGAUCUGUCGAGUGUGUAAGAAGAAGAUCGGUAACAGUGCCUUUGCCAGGUAUCCCAACGGUGUGGUGGUUCACUACUUCUGCUGUAAAGACCGCAGCACGUGUCCCAGCGAAUAGGACGGCCCGGAGAUGCUCGACACGUCGCAGCUGAAGGCAGACACCUCACGUCUGCAUAAAGAUACCAGACUCUGAAGCUCUGGAAAUGAAGGUCUGGAUGUCUUUUCUCUCUAGAAAUGACAAAGGCACAUCUGUCUGAUAAAAAAUAUGUAGGAAUUCCUAUUAUUCCUAAUAGUGUAGGAAACUAAAUUCAGAUUGUGAAACUGUUACUACACAACACAAACUUAAGAACAGCUUAUCUUCUCUUCUGUACUCACAGAGAAGCUUUUCAUCCAACACAACGCUUUGUCCGAUGCCUUCAGAGGGUCGGGGGUUUGUAAGCACCCUGUGCUUUCACAUGACUGUUAUUUUACGCUGGGCUUGUAGGCGCUGUAACUUUCUCCUUGAUAAAACUCUUAAUGUGUCUCUGCUACAAAAAGAGUCAGCACAGACACACAGCACGGCCAUCUGAUGGAGGAAUAAAAGCGUUGUCUAGUUUCCAUGAACUCCAACUUUCCUAGUGCGGUACAUUGAAGUUUAAAGAGAAUGUGUUUACAGCCAGAACUGGAUGUGUAGCGCUUUUUAAGCAAUGCCAAACAUGUUGGUUGGUAUUAUGUUUUUUUUCUAGUGUUUUGUAUGAUUUUGGAGAGCAGUAGCAUGACACUUUAGUUUCUUUUGGUUUAAUUUAUUACACACAGUUAAAACGUGUGCUUCGGGUUAUUAAUGUUUCAUCUACGUGUGCGAUCAGUAUUUCACUGGCUUUCUAAGUGUUCUGCAAUACAUCUGUCUAUUUAACACUCUUAUGAGAUGCUCAUCUCUGUGUUUAACUGUAAAUCAUGAGCUAAAGUGUUGUCCAGACCUGAAGAUUGUACAGCUGGAAGUCACUUCUAAUAAAUAUGCAUCUU